CUUGUGCUCGGCCUGGCUGAAUUCGAUGUCUUGCUGCUGCUACUGCCGCCCCAAAUGUUGCCCCCUUUGAACAGACCUCCUCCGCCGGUUGACGUCGAGGCCGUGGAUCUAUGCAUCUUGGAGCAGGGGGUGCGGGUAAUCUCUUGAACUCUCUAGCACAUCUCGAACUCAAUCCUCAAGCUCACUCUCUCGAGUCUCGACAAUGGAAAUUCCAAGAUGAGAGUCCUUCGAGAUUCUCUCCUUUACGAGGUCUGUACGCAUCCACCAGGUACAGCCUGUGAAAUAAAUUAAAGCGAGAAAAUAUAUGGAUUUGCUCAAUGGUGCCGUCCCAGCUCUCUGGUCAAGCCCACUCAAAAGUCGCAGGUAAAUUGGUAGGGUUUGGCGAAGUGCACAAUUCAACAGUGUGGGGACUUGGAGCAAGAAGAGAAGAUAUAUGGAAGCCAGCUGAGCUACCUAUAUCCACGGAUCAUAUGAACUAUCGACCUACUGGGCGCCAAACACCGUCCAUCGCGUCCAGCGUUGUCCCCUCCUCAUCUUCGAAACGGGUGUGAUGUUCCAAUCCAGGGGAGCCAGGGCUCGCCAGGGGUCGCCGUCCUCUCUCGCCAACCACUGCCGACGCCGACCACCUCGGGCGACCCCUGUGGCUUCAGGGGAAGCAUUUGCGAAUCACAGGCAUGUUCCAGCAGCUAGACUGCAAUUGGCAGCGGUGAGGGACCCCGCGAUGGUGGUGGAAAUCUUGAGGCGUUCAUGGCGGGCGGCGGGCUUCUUCCUUGUAUGCAGGACUGACUUCUUGUUCAGGUACUGAUUGAAAGUCAACAAGCUCACCACUUACUUUUCGACAAUCACUAUGAGUAGCUCCAAACUCGAAGAAGGAGGUCCGCCUGGUGAGGCAGCGCCAGAGAUCCUCGACGGCCGCAUAUGGGUUGACGGAUGCUGGGACUUCUUCCAUCAUGGACAUGCGGGUGCCAUGCUCCAAGCUCGCCAGCUGGGCACAGAGCUCUAUGUUGGUAUCCACUCCGACGAGUCUAUUCUAGAGAACAAAGGCCCAACGGUCAUGACCUUGGAAGAAAGAGUCUCCGCCGUCGAUGCCUGCAGAUGGGUGACCCAGUCCGUUCCUUACGCACCAUACGUAACCGCUCUACCUUGGAUCUCUCACUACGGCUGCAAAUACGUGGUUCACGGCGACGACAUCACCUCUGACAGCAGCGGCGAAGACUGCUACCGGUUCGUCAAAGCAGCUGGCCGCUUCAAAGUCGUCAAACGCACACCCAGCAUUUCGACCACCGACCUCGUCGGCCGCAUGCUCCUCUGCACUCGCACACACUUCAUAAAAUCCUUGACAAAACUCCUGGCUGGUGAAGAAGGGUAUGGGACAAACGAGGAGAGAAAGGCAACCGGCAAGGACAUGACGGAGAGGAUGAGAUUGUAUGCUACGGAUGAGACGGGCUUGAAUCCUGGAUCGAGUGUUUGGUUUUGGACGGCGAGCAUUGAGGCUAGAGAGACGGACACUGAGGAGGAGAAGGGCGUGUUUAGUGCUCUUACUCAAGGAUCGCAGCCAAAGCCGGGCCAGAGAGUUGUUUAUGUGGAUGGAGGUUUUGACCUUUUCUCUUCGGGACAUAUUGAGUUUCUCAGACGGGUCAUUAAGGCAGAGGAGAAGCUGGGUGAAGAGGAGGGCUGGUAUAGUAAAGAGGCUGUUGAGGAGAGGAGAGGAAAAGGCGCGGAUUAUGGACCGGCGUUUGUGAUUGCCGGUGUGCAUGAUGAUGAGGUUAUCAAUCAUUGGAAGGGUGUUAACUACCCGAUCAUGAACAUCUAUGAGCGAGGAUUGUGUGUCUUGCAGUGCAAGUACAUCAACUCCGUCAUAUUCUCCGCACCCUUCAGCCCAACCCGCUCCUACCUUACCUCUCUUCCAUGGGGCACACCAGACGCCGUCUACCACGGCCCCACGAGCUUCAUGCCACUCACCUACGAUCCCUACACAGCGCCCAAAGAAAUGGGUAUCUAUCGCGAGAUCGGCGAGCAUGAUUUCGCGGGCGUAAAUGCCGGCCAGAUCGUACAGAGGAUUCUGAAGAGUAGGGAUAUGUAUGAGGAGAGGCAGAGAGUUAAGGGCGUGAAGGGGAUUGGUGAAGAGGCGACGAGGAGGAGGGAGAGAAUGGAGGAGGAGCAGAAGGUUAAGGAGGAGAAGGCUGCGUAAGAGUAGGUAGACUUUUGGACCGGUUUGCGACUUGGUGGAUUGUGAAGAGAGUAGUAGAGCGCUUUGGAUGGCCAAAGAUGGGUUAGAUUGGAUGGGGGGGGUUAUGUGGGCUUUAGCGUACUGCACUACAUUGCAUUGCAUUUCUUCGGCGUUCAACACGUGCGAGGAUGGUAUCCUUGAGGUUUGGAUAGAUGAGAACAGUCUUGAAAUUGGUUAAUGAUAAUGAGGAAUGGAUUGGAUUGAGUUGU